GCAUUUCAACUGUAAUGUGGCGUUUUCUCAUUGGCUACCAAGCGAGCCUCUAAAAUCUCUCGAAUUUAAUCGCAGAGUAAGUUGACCCGGCAAUUUGCAUUGGCUUUCUUUUUUUAAAGAAUCAGAGGAGGAUCCUGUUGAGUCGUUGACCGCCAUGGCUUCUCUCCUCUUAUGUUUAUUUAUUAUCGGAAUCAAUCUCAUCGUUGUCAAUUCUACCAUUGACCAACGCCCAUUGAUUAUUCCUCUCCAUCUCUCAUCACAUAACUCUAUCGUGCACCGGCAACUAGAUGAUCGUCGCCGUCACCUGCAGCAAUCGCACCUACCUCAUAGACCAAACGCUCGCAUGCGACUAUAUGAUGAUCUCUUAACCAACGGUUAUUAUACGACGCACCUAAAUAUUGGGACACCGCCUCAGCAGUUCGCCCUGAUUGUGGAUACUGGGAGCACUGUGACUUAUGUUCCUUGCUCCAACUGUCAACGGUGUGGCAGGCAUCAGGACCCAAGGUUUCAACCCAAAUUGUCUAGCACCUAUCAGUCAUUAAAAUGCAAUCCUGAUUGUAAUUGUGACGACGAUGGAAAGCUUUGCACUUAUGAAAGACGUUAUGCUGAGAUGAGCUCCAGCAGUGGUGUGCUUGCAGAAGAUAUUAUUUCUUUCGGCAAUGAAAGUGAACUUGUUCCUCAGUCUGCUGUUUUUGGUUGUGAAACUGUGGAAACAGGUGAUCUUUAUACCCAACGUGCUGAUGGCAUAAUGGGUUUGGGUCGUGGUCGGCUUAGUGUUGUGGAUCAACUUGUUGACAAGGGUGCUAUUAGUGACUCAUUUUCAUUAUGUUAUGGUGGGAUGGAUGUGGGUGGGGGUGCAAUGAUUCUUGGUGGGAUCUCUCCUCCACCUGAUAUGGUAUUUGCUCAUUCAGACCCUUUCCGCAGUCCGUAUUACAACAUUGCGCUUGAGGAAAUACAUGUGGCUGGAAAGCCAUUGAAAUUAAGCCGAAAGAUAUUUGAUGGAAGGCAUGGAACUGUCUUGGACAGCGGAACUACAUAUGCCUACCUUCCACGACAAGCUUUUUCUGCAUUUACGAAAGCUAUCACGAAGGAAACUCAUUCUCUGAAACCAGUCCAUGGUCCUGAUCCAAAUUAUGAUGAUAUUUGUUUUUCUGGUGCUGGAAGGGAUGUCUCUCAACUAUCAAAAGCCUUUCCGGAGGUGGAUAUGGUAUUUAGCAAUGGACAGAAGUUUUCCUUGUCCCCAGAGAACUACUUGUUCCGGCAUACGAAGGUUAGUGGUGCUUAUUGCCUGGGAAUUUUCCAAAAUGCUGAUGCAACUACUCUUUUAGGAGGAAUUGUUGUCCGUAAUACCCUAGUUACAUAUGAUCGGGCGGAUAAUAAGAUUGGGUUUUGGAAAACCAAUUGUUCAGAACUAUGGAGGAGAAUGCAGUUUUCUAAUGCUUCUGCUCCUGCUUCUGCUUCUGCUCCUACUCCUGCUCCAGCACCUCUAGUUUCUAGUAGCAGUAAUACAAGUGUAGAAAUUCCUCCUUCCCUGGCCCCAGAUGGAUUGCCUCCCAAUAUUCUUCCGGGUGCAUAUCGAAUUGGGUUUAUAUCAUUUGAAAUAUCAAUCAGCAUGAACAACUCAUCCACAAGGCCCAACUUCACAGAAUUUGCAGUGUUCAUUGCCCAUGAGUUGGAAGUUGAUGAUUCACAGGUUCAUUUGCUGAACUUCUCUUCAAGCGAAGAUGGUUACCUUGUUAGAUGGGGCAUCUUUCCAGCUGAAUCUGCGGAUUACAUUUCUAAUACCACCGCAUCGAGCAUAAUUCUGCAUUUAAAGGAUCAUCAUCAUAUGCAGUUUCCUGAGAGAUUUGGAAGUUAUGAGCUAGUAAAAUGGAACGUUGAGCCUCAAGUCAAGCCGACAUGGUGGCGGCAACACGUUGUGGCUGUGGUUAUUGGAACAAUUAUAACCCUGGUUCUUAGUUUAUCGGUUAUCGGGCUAUGGUCAGUUUGGAGACGAAGGCAAACUUUUAAAAAGUAUCAGCCUGUUGGUGUCAGUGUUCCGGAGCAAGAGCUUCAGCCACUUGAAUCUUAAAUUUCACGAGUUUCAUAGUUUUUGAUAAUUUUUCAUAUAUUGAGUAAAUCCGUAAUGGUACUGAGCUCCCAUAUUCGAUUAUUUGUCAUAUCAAAGAUGAUAAUUCAGAGGGAUGAAAUCUGCUCUCUCUGUGCCGUUGUACAAUUUAAACGGAAAAGAAAAGAUAAAUAGAGAAAAGGGUAACAGAUCCUUAUAGUUA